AUGACGUUGUAUACAUAUCGCAUCAUCAGUGUUACCUUCGUUCUGUCCGCUUCCAUGAUGUCCACAGUCAAAGGACAGGAAUGCGCACAAGUCAAGAAGAUGUCACUGUUUGCUGAUGACUCGGUCUACCUGGGUCACACGCUAAAGAUAUCAAAUGCACGGAGUGUUCUUGAGUGCAUUGCACAAUGCUCCAGCAUGACAAAUUGUCUAUCAUUCCAUUAUUGUAAGAAAAGUGGCCUCUGUGAGCUGAACUCAAAUGCAGCGAGUACCUUGGCGGCCUUGACCUCAGAACCCGGAUGUAGGUACUACACGCAGACUACUGUUGUGGAUGAGAACGAGGAGUUUUGCGAGAGGUGUACUGGGAAUGGAGGGACAUGUCUCUGCAGUGGUAAUGCCCAAGAGUGUCAGUGUCCAGCAUAUUUUGCUGGUUCCGAGUGCGAUUUUCCACUCUUUGACGAGGCCCGUGCUCACACUGGCCUUGGAUUCAAGAGUCUGCAAACUGUUCUUGGCAAGACAAUUAGUUGUUCAAGCUUUUAUCGGCAGAUGGAUGCUGCCGACCACACGUCGUUUGUCUGCGAUGAGCUGAUGGUUGAUGCAGUACCCCUUGGGGUGGCGACGGAUAACUGUGAUUCGAACUGGGGAGACGAAGGUCAUGGAAUUUCACCAACCAGCGUGGCGAACCAUUCUUAUUCCGGGGAACUAUCAAGUUCGAGUGGAAAUCAGCUAUAUUCGUCCAGCUCAGCUUCUUACUCGAGUAGUUAUGACGUGUCGUCAGGUUACAAUGAUGAAGUUUCAUCUUCAAGUUCCUCAGUCGACUCCCCAAGUGGCCGCCGGCGCUUGCUCCACUCCGGUUCAAACUUAGACUCAAACGCCGGCCCUGGUAACGAAGUGGAAACUCUAAAUCUCAACACCGAGCGAGACCAAUCAGAACAGGCCGGGACAUCCGACCAAGAUGAAACAAUAAUCGACACCCAUCUACGGAGACGACUGCUCCAGUUAUCUGCUGACCCUCUUGAGUUCUCCCACAUCUGCAGUCACGUCCUCGGCGACACCGCACUCCUCCCAGGUGCAGUCAUCCAGGAGGUGAGCUACGCCUUGGCGACGGGUGUCCCAAGGUCUCGAUACAGUAUGAGCUUAACCGGAUGGCGUGAACCAACCACCGAGACCUGCUACCUUCGACGGUUGCGUUGUAAGGUUGCCACGGGUGACGUUAGACCAACUCUUGGUUAUUUUCCUUUCAUCGCUAAGAACAUGACUCCAAUCGCCCAGACAGGAGAAUCCGUUCACCAAAUAAACUACGGACUUACACUACAGGACCCCAUGGAUAUGGGUGAGGAAGGCGGUGCCAAGGUCUAUUUUCUAGAGUCGGACGAACCAGGUUCGGGGAUGUAUAUUGCUGUCUACGAUUCAAGAGCGACACUUCUGAGUGGGGGAAAUGCACUCUAUGACAUUGAAACAGGAUUGGUUGAUACCCCAGGUGGACGAUUGAUAGAACUCAUAGGAACUGGUCACAUCGUCUUCAAUCGAAGCCUUUAUUUCCAAAAUGGCGCUUCCUGCGAGAUAUCUUACUUCGAUCUUGAAAUGUUGGUAACAGGGCCGAUGCGGACCCUAUCUCAUUGUGAAUUCAUCUCGUAUUCUACUGGAAAUGUUGACACACAGUCCUAUGUCGAUAUGGCAGUCGAUGCGACAGGGCUUUAUGCAGUUUAUCGGCACAAAUACGGUGGUGGUUUAGUUGCUGACCGGUUAGAUCCAGUGACCUUGGAAACAAUCGAAUCGACACAAAUCCUAGGACUGACGAAGUCCACUGUCAUAGAUACUUUUGUGAUUGGUGGAUAUCUUCACGUGGUACAUGAUGACGGCUCCUCGCCAAACCUUGUAACUCGCCACCAGGUGUCGCAGUACGCGGAAUUCCAACUUCCGGGGCAGUUUGAGCGCCUUACAAUGACGUCACAAAACGGACAGCUUCGAUUCUUGACUUUCCAGCCGUUCAUCCACUCUGUUUACGGAUGGGAGUCCGACCUUGCGCUGCAGUACGAUGUAGACACAUGGACACAGUCAGGUAGCCUAUAUGAAAUUGCUCCAGCAAGUAUCAUCUGCCAACUGCAUUCAUCCGAGCGCAUUUGGAUGGUGGAAGACCCCAUUGCAAUUACAGGCCGAGGACGUGUUUACGUCCUUGCGACUGGGAGUAUCGCAAUUGGAAACAGGGUGUUUGUCCACAACAGGGAUGAAUACUUCUCGGAACAAAGUCCGAGCAUUAUUGAACAUUUCACUAUGCCAAUUCAAUGUCACGGCGUAACCUUCACCGUAUUUUGGGGAAAUAUCUACUGUUCCUACUACCAGACUGCCUACCGAUACAACAGAAGGGCGGGGACAACUAAAAAAAGAACCUUGACGACUGCUGUAGUAUCCAGCAAUCCUGAUACACCGUCUGUUUUCGUGGCACUGGACGAAAAAGGGCUCUACCUUAUCAUAAAGACAACGCAGGGAACGCUGAAUGUCUACACCGUGAACGCUGGUAAUCUUCAAAUAGAAAGUUGGGUCAAAGCCACUGAUUACAGUGCGCGAACACCAAGUCAUGUGUUCGUUGCCUCCAGUCACGUGUACGUAGUGGAGAAUCAGGAAGUCGUGUACUGGCAAAAGAUCACGAACAGCGACGACUACAGCUCCGAUGUUUAUCCGAUAGAGGGCCUAACUGGCAAUCUGAUGCAAAUCAAAUAUGAUUCCAGCAGGAGAACUUUAUUUGGAAUGGACGCGGUCAACCAUGUUAACAUCCCAAUAGUGUUCACUUGGUACUGAGGCGCCAAACUAUGUCGCGAUCACAUGCAUAUGCACUAUCUUAACCUGAUUAGUUAUCACUUGGUCUUCAAAGAAAGAUACUAUUUGUCGAACCAAUAUGUGAUGCAUACUCCAACCAGUAAAUGCCAUCGUUGCCAAUAACUCUACACUUGAUUUUGCGCUAACCUAAAAACUUCAUGAAUGACAGGAAAAGUCAACGUGUCAUAAAAUAAUGUAUCAUUGUCCGUCGGAUAUUUCCUAACCAUCCUUUUGCUGCUGUUGCAAGACUUGUCCUCUCUAAGCCCAUUAUCUUAUCAGCGGUAAUGGGACAACAAAUGACUCCGAUCGUCAGCUUGUCACCGUAGCCAUUGACACUAAUCCUCGAGUUGAUUGAUGCGCUGGGCGAUGUUGGGUAGAUGCGGGAUGAAGGACCGCCGUAGUUCAUUGCUAAAGCAGCAAGGAGAAAGAACCACAUUUCCCACCAAAAAGCGUUAUUUGUAAGUCACGUUUUGCUGCAUCGUUGGCCGAAAGGUAUGAUUUGUUCCACCCAAAGGUUUGUUAUGAAAUUCCGCAUUCAGUGCUUGGUUCAACUAGCAGUUUUUGUUGGUAUAGAUCGUCGCACGCGGCAACACUAUCUCCUUUGCCAUGUCGGUGCAGCAACGUGACAGUAAUGAGUGAUCUACGGCGGGGUGCAUCACCGCUGUGACAGUAAUACUCUGGGUGAUGGAUGUGCAUGGCGUGUGGUGCAAUCAGCAAGUGCAGAGUGAUCAAUCUGUGAAGAAUCUGUAAACAAUUUUGUCUCUUCGUUCCCAUAUCCCGUUAACCGAAUGUGUUGGAUUGUCUCCCUGACCGACUUGACUUGAAAUUCCGAAUGGUAUGUUGACUUCAUCGACAGGCUUAAUUACUUCAAUUGGAUGGGAGUAUUUCAUCCAUAAGAUAUAUUCGUAGCUAAGGUUGUUACAUUAGACAUGCCACGCAAGGAUAGGCAGCUGCUUAUUUACAGGACAUCUGUGUGGUAUAAAUACAAAAUAGGCCUACAUUUGACUGUUUGAUUUGGCAUUGGUAGCAUGCGGUCUUCUUUAAGGGCUGCAACAGGCUGUAGGAAGUAUUUUGCCUUUGAAAAAAAGGUUAGCAUCGUUAGGUAGAUUAUCGAGGAUUUUAUUGAAAAAUUAAUGACCAACUUUUGUACCAUUGUUCAAGCACUUUCGAUCUGGUGGGCGCGGCAGCUAUAUCCGUAAUAGUAUUGACACAUUUACUAAAUGCGUGUAUGUCCUGUUUGCAGACUAUUUCAAGGCCAUAGUUAAUUGUUCAUGCAGACGAUUGCAAUUACUGCAUUGCAUUUAAUUGAGCCGUCAUGAGUGAAGCGCAUAUUCUAUAGAUUACAUUGAUGUGUCCUUGCAAUUAAAACAUGUUAUUCUAUUGUCGCUGUCGAUUCAUUCAGAUAAAUCUCGAACAUUGUUACUGAAUUCGCACGGAUGACUCUAGUGAAAUAAGCGGUCAUUGUGUUCCACGUCAACGGUAAAAUGUUUGGCUUGCACCUUUCACGGGGGCUGUUUAAACCCUUGUAAUGGGAAUGGUAACACUCCAGCUUAAUUAAGCUUAAACAGGUCGAUUGUUUACUACGAAAACACGAGGCCAAGUCUAAACAGGGUAUGACCUUUGGACAAGUUGAACAUGUUGAUUGGCAUCAAGGACCAUGUGCAUAAUAUCUAGCUUGAAUUUCAUAUUCGGAACCAGACAUAGAUCGAUGAAACGAGAGUAUUGACAAUAAUUUUCUAAAUCAUUGUGAUGAAAUGAAACAGAGUUUAACGUGAUCAUGUCGUCGUUCCCCUCUGCAUUGAUGUCUACACAUAUCAGCUCUAGCUGGCUCAUGUUCAUGCAGGUGGUCCGGACUCCUACGCCAGUUUGCCAAGAUUAUGAUAAUGUACAUGAUGUGUUCCUUGUGGGUCGUUAUUGUACCAGGGCUACCGUUGUACUACUAACACUUCCUACAGAUAACUCGAACAAGAAUGAGGAAUAUUCAUUGAUGAAAUGAAAAAUACUCAUUUUAUUGCAAUUAUAAAUUACUCUUGCAUGGAAGUGUACGCACAUUCGCAAGGAUUACGAGAAUUGAGUAGCUUAAUCAAU